AGCGUAGAAACUACAUCUCCCAGUAUGCACUGCUGUCAAGGCCUGCACAGGAAAAGCAUAUUUAUUACAAAGCAGAAGAAGCGAAAAAAAGGCUUUGAACCAAAAACUCGGGUCCCUUUAGGAGUGAUACAUUGUGGGUUGUAGCGUUACCCAUUUUCUAGGCUUGACGAACACAGACAAAGGAAAGACUUCAUGGUACAAAAAUAGCUACGAAUUACAAGGCGUACGAGAAGACAACAACCCAGUCCUUCCGUGAAAAAGAAAGCAGGUACCAAGGAGGGACGAAUGAGAAAAGCUACAGAAGGUUGAAAGAUGGAAUCUGUAGGGCAGGGUUCUGAACUGGAAUGUGUGCACAUUAAAGACGAGGUCCCCGAGUACGAACUGGUCAAAAUUAAAGAAGAAGACGACGACGAUGACGUGGAGGAGACCCGGUGUGUCUGUAAUGACUGUGGGAAGAGUUUCUAUGAAUCGGCAAUGCUUGACAUUCACAAGCAGACACACAGCGCAAAUGCCCCCUACCAGUGUUCUGAAUGCAAGGAGCAAACUCACACAAAGCACAAGACGCAUGUGCACAUCUGCACGGAAUGUGGGAAGAGCUUCAGUCAGUACUGGUACCUCAGAGAGCACUGGCGGAUUCACAACGGACAGUCUGCCUAUCGCUGCACUGUGUGCGAGAAGAGCUUCAAUCAGUCAGGGGACCUUAAAAAACACCUGCGCAUUCACACAGGCGAGACUCCCUAUCACUGCACUGACUGUGGAAAGAAAUUCACUCAGUCGGAGCACCUUAAGAAACACCGGCGCACCCACACAGGAGAGACGCCGUAUCACUGCACUGAAUGUGGAAAGAGCUUCACUCAGUCAGGGCACCUUCAGAAACACCGGCGAAUCCACACAGGAGAGACUCCAUACGCCUGCACUGUGUGUGGGAAGAGAUUCCGGAGGAUGGACACCUUUAAGGUCCACCACCGAAUACACACAGGAGAGAAACCGUACCACUGUAUGGACUGCGACAAGCGCUUCAGCCACUUAGCAGGACUUAAAGCACACCAGCGGGUUCACACAGCUGAGACGCCCUACUCCUGCACUUUGUGUGGGAAGAGUUUCAGCCAGUCAGGGACCCUUAAAAGGCACCAGCGCAUUCACACAGGCCAGACCCCAUAUCACUGCCCUGACUGCGGCCAAGGGUUCACUCAGCUCUCCCACCUUAAAUCACACCAGCGCACCAUGAAAAAGAAGAGCGACCCAUCAAUUUAACAGGUCGCUUUUAUUCCCUGGAAUCUGAGCUGUUCAUUUUCAUAAAAAGAAAAACUGAACUGAAAACAGCUGAAGUACAGUACAUAAGAUUUUCAGACUGACAGCAGAGCUGUCCAUGCACGUUUAUAGAAAUGUAAGCAUGUAGCAACAAUAACUCAUUUUGCCCACAAGAGGGCGUUGUAGAUAGUCUUUAUUCUUUAUCAAAUGCUCCAUGGGAGUUGACCCCGUUGUCCUAUUUCCUGAGUUCUUUCUAUUUGGCUCUGCCAGGUGAAUUCUGAACCGCUUUUAAAUUACGAUACUGCUUUAAGUAAGGACAUCUGUGACACCUGCAUCUGUAGAGGUGUGUGUGUGUAUGAUGAAUAUUCUUAAUGAUAACCUGACCGGACAGUCUUAAAAAACCAGAGAGAUUAAUAUAAAGUAAUAGUAAAACUUGUUUCACAGACCCAUAAGUAAGGCAGUCUGUGAUAUAUAAAGUUCUUUGCACUAAACCAUUUUUUUAAACAGUGCUCCAGACACCAGCAGGUGGCAGACUUAUUUCCCAAUUCCCUUUUUUUUAUUGCUGAAGUUUUAGUAUGAUACGAUACAAAAACUCAAUGCAUUAGAGGUGAUCAUCUGGUAGUGUAUUUUGUUAAUCAAUGUAGAGAUUGGGAAGCUACUGCUUAAAGUUACAUUAAUGAACAGUGGAUUACAUUCAAAGGAUUGUAAUCGGUUUGUCUUGACUCCUCUUUCUGAAACCAGCAGAGGAGGCGCCUAAACCAGCAUUAUCAACUAAUCCAACACACAGCCACCAGUUCUGAAGAGCUCAAAAGCAGAGCUGAGGAGGGCAGGGUAAGUCAUUAGAAAUGCAGUGCAGUGCGAGUCUUCCUUUCAUCCCCAGGUCCCAGAUUCCAAUCUAGUCGAGGCUAGCAGUGAUUGAAAGUCGUUUCCAUCUUGUUACUGUUGAGUUCAUGCGUGAAAUAAGUUGAGGUGGUCUCUGAGGAGCUCCUAGUGCAGAGCACACCCCCCUCGUAACUAAUGGGCACUUUAUCAGACAGUCUGUCCCUUGACUAGAUGGGCUCAGAGUCUGAACUCGUCUCCUCAAAGCAUGUUUGCUCCAGGUUCGAGGAUUGUUUUCGGGACAGCGUGUAGAAGCUCACGUUGCAGCUGGCUACGCGGUUCUGGUUGUGUUGAGAAAUAGACCACCUCUGUUUUGUUUUCCGUUUGAUCCAGCAUCUUUCACGGACACUAAACACAUUUUAAGAAAUACAAAAGAAGAGGUUUGGUUACAUUAGCAAUAAAACCUUCACUAUUCGUGUUUCACCUGUAUUAGAUAAUGAAACUGCAGUCUGUUUUGCAUUGCACUUAGAGUAUUCCCAGGAGUUAUACCCUGGCAGCAAAAUAAAUAAAACAAAAUGCAUUUUGUCCACAUUGCAGAAUUCUCCCAAAAACAGAUCAUUUUCAUCUCUGCUUUUUUUUUUUUUUUCUUAGUUUGCAAAUCAAAGGUUUAAUUUGUAUCAGGAGGUUAUAUAAAAAAAAAAAAAAAAAAUUUCCAUUAAUGUUAAUUGUAUGUAAAAAAAACAAAACAAACAAACGUAGGUAAGAAAAUUGCAAUACUGAAAGUUUUGAACUAAAUAAAGAUGUACCUUAUGGUGUGAAAUAGAUUUGAUAGAAUGAAUGCAUUAUUUAGAACAGGUUAACUUAAAAACCUGAACGUUGUUUAUGUAGUCUUGUUCAUUUCUAGUAUUGUUUUCUGUUAAUUCCAGUUCCUGGCACUUUUUUUACUAAAGGGUGCUAGUUUAAUAUUUGUUGUAAUGUGUCUGAAGUGUACCGUUUAGCAAAGACAAUAUGUAAUGUGUUUCUUUGCUAAUAAACAGUGACAUUUGAAAUAAUCGGUACUGUGUGAAGAAA